AUGUCUGGCGUUCACCGGAGCACGCAGUCGAGCACCCCGUCGACCCGCCUGACGGAUACCUCGAGCAUCCCGGCCAGCGACAGCUGGCUCACCGACCGCAUCGUCACGAUCUUCGUCGGACCCGAGAAGAAGCGUUGGGUGGUCCACGAGAAGCUGCUCAUUAGCCAGUCCGAGUUCUUCAAGGCAUACUUCUCGGCGGGCCAUGACGAGAUGACGCUCCCGGACGAGGAGCCCAAGCUCUUUGCGCUUUUCAUGCGCUGGCUGUACGGCACUGCCUUCCAGCCCUCGGGCGGCGGCCGCAGCUUCCGCUACCUCCAGCCGGAUGGAGUCCAGCUUACGGUUCGCGACUACCUCGGCGUCUAUGUCAUGGGUUACAAGUUCGGCAUCGUGGGCGUCCGCAACGCCGUCAUCGACGUGCUCUACACCUACUACGGCGAGGCGUCCGACGACCACGAGGCGCCCAACAUGCACGACGUCAAGUACAUCUUCGAGAACACGCUGCCGGGCGCCCCGAUGCGCCGCCUGCUGACGGCCCACUCGCUGUUCUACCUGUUCAGCAAGGACCGCGUCACCCAGCCGCUGCCGCGCGACUGGGUCGAGGUGCUCAACAGCGAGGCCGAGAUCGGCUUCGCCAUCAUCCAGAUGCUGGCCGAGUGGGGCUGGUACAUCGGCGGCAACGCGCCGCGCAUGACCGUCAAGCCGCGCGCCGACUUCCACGAGAGGGUCCCCAUCGUCAAGGAUGAGCCCGUCGACGACCCGCUCAAUACGCUUUGA